GAAGUGGAAAAAGUCGACGAAGACGGACGGCUUUCACCAGCGAGCAAUUAUUAGAAUUAGAAAAGGAAUUUCACUCCAAAAAAUAUCUGUCCCUUACGGAGCGUUCACACAUUGCCAACUCCCUCCAGCUCAGCGAGGUCCAGGUGAAAAUUUGGUUUCAAAACAGACGUGCCAAAUGGAAAAGAGUGAAAGCUGGUUUGUCGUCAGGAAGAUCAGUGGCCAAAACCAACGUCCACAAGAUUGUCGUACCAAUCCCAGUUCAUGUCAACAGAAUGGCCAUUCGUAGCCAACAUCAACAGCUAGAGAAGUCAGCUGCAAGUGUACGACUGAGAGAAGGGCUAGGAAACGGUGGAGACUUCAGACCGUUGCGGUAGUUUUGGGCCUUUUUCAUCUGGUCAUCAAGAGAAAUACAAGUGGUCACUCACCGAGAUGUCCGACUCUAUCAUUUCCAUGACUUAAUACAGAGUUCGAGCUUCACGCUAUUCGUAUUGUAUAGAUGAUUUAGUGAACCCAAUCAGGACUGGCGUUUCUCUGGGUACUGUUUAUCAGACAAGUGCAGUGAUGGACGUACUGGGCCCACUUAUAAUCUAGGUUGGGAGAAGUAUAGUACGAAGUUAGACUGGUCAGUCUGAAUUAAAUUAAGUGACCGGUCAGCAUGAAUAUUUUCGCGCGCAUUUCAUUCAAAGUAUGUUUAUUUUAUUGAUAAGUAUUUAAGACACGUGUCCCGAAAAGAUCUUGAAAAAAGAAUGUCAUUAAAUUUGAAUGUUAAAGACAGAAACAAAUAUCCGUUCAAAUUGUGGGAAUAUUUACUUUCAAUAUGCAGAGAGAGUAAAAAAUGUCAGCAUUAAAAAAUAUAAAAAAACUCAUUAAUAUUCUAUGCUUAUACUAAAGUAGAUCAGGUCUUAGGUCUAUUAGGUAAUGGAAUAAAGUUUAGGAAUUUUUUUUUACUUACCUGCAA